AUGCACAAACGUGUUGGUUCCGUGCACGCGCCAUAUGGGCGCGCAAGACGGCAGCGGCGUGCACAUCCGCUGCGGCGGCUGCCAAUCACGCGACCAUGCGUCGCCACGAACUCCCCCAGUCCGUUAUGCGACACGACCAACACCAGCAACACAUUCACCACUCAAACAGCGAAGACGAACGUCAGCACCGACCCCGGGACA